AUGGAUGCUAUCCAGACUGAAACUAAACAAAAAAUAUUCUUUGUUGAUGGCCCUGGAGGAUCAGGGAAGACCUUUUUAUACAAUACUUUAUUAGCACGUGUCCGAUCGGAACAUAGGGUUGCCCUGGCUGUGGCAUCAUCUGGCAUUGCAGCCGAAUUAUUGAGUGGAGGGAGGACAGCUCAUUCCACAUUUAAAAUACCUAUCCCAAUACUAGUAACAAGUACAUGUAAUAUAAGCAAGCAAAGUAUAUUAGCAGAAUCAAUCCGUACCGCAUCAAUUAUUAUUUGGGACGAGGCUCCAAUGGUCCAUAAACAUGUUAUUGAGUGUGUUCACAGAACUUUCUGUGAUAUAAUGGAAUGUAAUGAUCCAUUUGGAGGCAAAAUUGUUAUGUUAGGCGGUGACUUUAGACAGAUUCUUCCGGUUAUAAGGCAUGGGAGGCAAGCCGACAUUGUCGAAAGUAACCUAAAGAGGUCAUUCUUAUGGCAGAAUAUACAAACAUUGCCUUUAACUAUCAAUAUGCGUGUUCGCACAAAUAAUUCAUUUUCCGAUGAAGCAUUUGAAAAAUUUCUUCUUCGUAUAGGCAAUGGAACACAGCAAAUUUUGGAUGAUGGACAAUCUACCAUUGAGUUACCAAGAUAUAUAUGUAUUGAGCCAAAUAAUAAUGGACUCCAAAAAUUGAUAGAUAGUGUAUAUUCAAAUUUGAAAACGGUAGAUCCUGAUAAUAGUUAUUUGGGAAGAGCAAUAUUAACUACCAAAAAUGAAAAUGUGGACAAAAUUAACACCUUAGUCAUGGAUCAAUUUCCUGCUACACCAUCAAACACCAAAAUUUAUCUCAGUGCUGAUGCAGUUGCAGAUGAAGACCAGCAAGGUCAUUAUCCAACUGAAUUUCUGAAUUCGUUAACACCGUCUGGAACACCUCCACACAAAUUGUACUUAAAGAAAAAAGCGCCCAUAAUACUUUUGCGCAAUUUAAAUCCUACAGAGGGAUUACUUAAUGGAACACGACUAUGUGUGCUUAACUUAGGCACCAGAAUUAUAGAGGCUAAAAUUCAGAAUUAUAGAGGCUAA